CAGGAAGAUGAGUAUUGGGUAACAACAGAAAACCCGGGAUUUGGUUAACUUUCCCAUGAGGAAUUGCGAGUAUCUUUUCUGUGAAACUGCCUGGUGCUGUGAAACAUUCUUCAUCUGUGCCCUUGAUGUGGGCCUUCUGGAGAGGGAAAUCUCAUCAACCUCUAGAAAAGCAGCUAGGUUUAUGAUCACUUUCUUUCACGGUUGACUUUCAAGGACAAAAACCUUAUUAGAAGGAGGUCUGAAGAAAGGCAAGUUACAGGUGAUAAGAAGUGUGUGUCAUGAUGCACAGGUUGCUGCUCCUUCUUCUCCUGGUCAGCUUCAGCUCACCUGCACCCAGGUUUUCCGAUAAAGAUGUCUGCCUCCUAGACAACAAUAAUUUAAGACAAAGGUUAAAACAACUUCAAGACUUGCUUUACUUAUACGACCUGCAACUGAAGGACAUCCUGGAGAACACUUACCACAGAACAAAAAGUGGGCUGUUCUCAGGCAACAGGAGCAUGCAGCAUGAGAUUCUUUUACCCACAACCAGUGGAAAUUUGAUAGUUUAUGACCAAGAUUGCUCUGCAGUGUAUAAUCGGAAGAACACCAAAAGUGGCUACUACCGAAUCAGGCCCAGAGCAGACCGAGAACCUUUCCUGGUGUACUGUGAGAUGUCUGAUGGAGGGGGGUGGACGGUCAUCCAACGGCGGAGUAACGGCAGGGAGAAUUUCAACAGGAAAUGGGAUGAAUACAAACUGGGAUUUGGGAGAUUCCAGGGCAAGAAUGACGAAUACUGGCUGGGCAAUGACCACAUCUAUGACCUGCUUGCUAGAGGAGAGAGCUCAUUAAAGAUUGAACUGAUGGACUGGCAUGGGGAAAGACGUUACGCAGUCUAUGAAAAUUUCCAACUUGCAAAUGAGCAGGACAAUUACAGGUUAUGGUUUGGCACGUAUUCUGGUAACGCUGGCGACGCUCUGUCUGCUGGGAGCAAUUUUGAAGAUCAGUGGUCAGCCUCUCAUAGAGGGAUGCAGUUCACCACAUUUGACAAGGAUCACGAUCGAUUCCUGGCAGGCAACUGUGCAUCAGAGAAUAAGGGCGGUUGGUGGUUUAACAGGUGCCAUGCCGCAAACCUCAAUGGACGAUACUACAGAAGAGGAAGGUACAAGGGCUCCCAUGAUGAUGGCGUGGUUUGGUCUACGUGGCAUGGGAUGUGGUACUCGCUGAAAUAUUCAGCCAUGAAAAUCAGGGCUCCGUUCUUCAUUGACAGUGAGAGUGGAGAUGGAGAGAACAGUCAGGGAAGCUGAAACCUGCUGCUUUGGAAAGAGGAAAAGUACAGGCUGAAAAGAAUUGUAUAAGUUGAUAGCUGGUUCUCUGCUGCUGCCAAUUGCCAAACCUGCACUGUGAUAACUGGAGUUGCACCUGCUUCUGCUACCUGAAGCUAACAGCAAGAGUUGUUUGAGCAUAGCCAGACAAAAAUUUAACAGCAAACAUAUGGAUCUCAGUCAUGGGAUAACCACAGAUUUCUUUUUCAGCAGUUUUCAGGAAUUUGUUGGAAAAUGUUUAUUAAAAGCUCUCUGGACUUCGAAUGAUCAAGCUAAUAACCAUGGCAGUGUUGGAUCAAGGGUUGGACUUGAUGAUCUUGGAGGUCUUUUCCAACCCAGUUCAUUCUAUGAUUCUAUGAUUCUAAGCAUGUCCUGUAAUCUAUCUAUACUCUUCGAGGUCUAAACCUUUCUCAUCUUGAUUUUAACCAUCAGCACUUCAAUUAUGAGGACAUCAGAACAGAAAGAACAAAGUAAUGGAAAAUUGGACUUCAUCUAGCCUUUUACUAGCGUUUUGUUCUGCCUCAGGAGAUGUUUCUAAGCAACUCUCCCUAUGGUUCUAAAUUGCCACACUUCAGUAUCAGAGUGCCUCUGGAGAGUGUGAAACCAAACGUGGAUGGAUGUGCUCCAGCUGCUAACGUACAUCCAGACUAAGACUACUUCAAAGUAAACCUCCACAAUAGGGACAAUGUGGGCACUGGGUUCCAUUGCCAACAACUUCCUGCUGGAGAUCCACUGCUACAGCACACUGCAACACAUUAAUGCAAAGACAACCCUGCCGACCAGAUUUAAGCCCCAGACUAAAAUUAGGCAGAUUUUACUAAAUUUAGCUGAGCACAGAUAUUCUUAGGAGUUCCUAAAAUGCAGACAUGAUUCAUUUGUACAUUCUCCUGUAAUUUACAAGAUGACUCUGAGUUAGUGAAAAGGAAUUAGAAAGUAGAAAGUGGUUGAACCACAGGGCAAACUACUUUCAUUGUCUCAUUGGAGUGAAGCAAAAGAGCAAUACAAAUGACUGAAAGAAAUGGAACACUGAAAGUUUAUUUUCCACAAGUUGUUAACAGCAACGGUUAAAAAUGAACAGCAGUAUCAGCUUGAUGCAAGUCAUUUAACUAUUGUGAUGUAGAAUAAGCCUAAUUUUUUAUGAUUUACAAUAUUUUUUUUAACUGGUAGCUCUUUUCCAUUUAUUGGCUUUUAGAUCUAUACAUAUUGUCAUUUCUAUGUACAUCCAUAAAGAACAAAAUAAAACCAGCUGAGUAGGACUUAA